AUGGCUGACGAGUCUCCCAGUCUCGAAAAUCUAAUUGAGGAGCUCGGGUUUCCCCCAAGCGAGCACGGGUUCUUGCUUCGUCUUUUCGGCUCGUCCGACCCAUUUUCUGGGCUUCCUGGUGCAGACCCAGAGGCCAGUCACGGCCAAAAUCGAUCUGGCCAAAACAGCUCUACGAGUAUUGCUCGCAGACUUGCAUCUACAAGGCUCUGGCAAGAUAUUCUUCCUGAACGUGCCAAUCAGCUUCGUCUACGAUCUGCGAACCGUCAUCCUAGUGACGCUCGCGAAGGUUUAGAAGGUAGAGAUUUGGUUCAUUACGAAGAAGAGUGGACUUCCCUGAUCGGAACAGAUUCAGAAUCUCUGGUCUCCGAGUUGCUCCAACAGCUUGCAACGGACGACGAGCCUCCCUGUCUCGACUCCCCUCAUCUUCCCGAACACCCUGAGGCAUCAGAGAACGUUGCACGCCCUAGAUUCCUUAGACCCCCGAGCCCAUCAGUGAGCCACCCGACUCUGUUGACAACUUCAACGAGACCCCCCGGAACCCAAGGCAAUAGCGAAGAAUCCCAGGACCCGAGGACUUUAAAACAACCUGGGAGCUUCGAGAAGCUACUUGAAUCAUUCCCAAGACCUCCCGGUCCCAAUCAAACAGUCAAAGACCAAAGCUUCUCCCACGUUUAUUCCGACACCCAACGAGUGCCACCGAAAGACAGUGCCCAGGCUAACAUAUCAACGCUUGCCAGCAGUCAGAUCAAACUUGCGACCAGUCUUCCUUGGAUUUCCCGAUUCUCUGAAGAAUUGGGAGACAGUAACCCGAUCAGAGGACAAGAUUCUUCUAGCAUCCGUGCCAAGGCUGAUAUAUCUGCACUCGACGCCAGUGGGCUAGGUAAUACCUCUCCUAGUUCUUCUGAAAUCUCCCCGCAGUCUUAUUCAACUGUCACCAACACUCGGAACGUUUCCCUUCAGAUCCCUUCUCUGACCCCAAGCGCCUCUUCUAGAGAGUUAAUUCUCCCCGUUGACUAUCACGGGGGCCAACAAGCGGAUCCUGAAAGCUCCCACCAAGCUCAGGAGUGCACAAAUCGGUACACCUACACCCCUUUCCCCGAAUACUCGAGAGUUCUUCCGAUCAGCUCCGUGAUCAGAAGGCAGCACUCCUUCCGCACUAUCUUUGAAGGGCGCGCUACACCUACAGAUUCCUCUCGAUAUUACCACAAGACGCCUCUUCGUAUCUCUACCCGUCCGUCAACGAUCUCCUUCGCCUCUGGAAAAAGGAACACAUCAAAGCCCAAGAGAAUCUGGAAGCGUUGCGUUAAAAAGGUCAAACACUUGCUUUGUCGAACCCGCAAACGCACAUCAUCCGCUCUCAAUCAUUAG